CAUUUAGGUGGAACACAUGCCACUUGUCAAAACGAAAAAUCCCACCAGUGCUCUGCUCCUGGAAUGGAUGAAAAACUUCGCCUUUGUGAUGAGUUUGCUAAAAUUACAGACAGUGAUAGCACUGUAGCUCGAUGCUACCUGGCUGAAAACGAAUGGGAGAUGGAGAAAGCUCUGAACUCCUUCUUCGAAACCAAUAUGGAGAAAGUGUUUGAAAUAGAAGAUUCGCCAGUGAAAGUUAAAGGCCGAGCGGUCAAGAGGAAGACAACUGCACACAGUUCACCGGGGGGCUGUAUAGACCUGACUACGGAUGAGCCAGGAUGUUCAUCAAGUCCUGCCGAUGCGGGCAAAACCACCGACGCCACAGAAGAGGAGAAUAAGCUGUCACUGGUCUCUUGGAAUGUGGAUGGGCUGGACACAGAUAACCUGCAAGACCGUGCAAGAGGCCUCUGCUCCUACCUAGUCUUAUACACUCCUGAUGUGGUAUUUCUCCAGGAACUCAUUCCUCCCUACGUCGAAUACUUGAAGAAGCGAGCCGUAAGCUACACACUCAUUGAAGGUGGGGAGGAGGGCUAUUUCACUGGGAUGAUGCUGAAGAAGAGUCGUGUCAAGCUGCUGGGGUCUCAGAUAGUUCCCUACACCACCACCCAGAUGAUGAGGAAUCUGCUCUUGGUUCAGGUGACGUUCCAGGGCCAGGAGCUGAGCCUCAUGACCUCCCACCUGGAGAGCUGCAAGGCCCAGGCUGGGGAGCGCAUGAAGCAGCUGAAGCUGAUCAUGCAGAAGAUAAGUGAGGCGCCCAACGACGUCACCGUCCUCUUCGGGGGGGACACGAACCUGCGAGACGCAGAGGUGGCAAAGGUGGGCCUGUCCAGCGGCGUGAUGGACGUGUGGGAGAAGCUGGGCAGGCAGGAGCACUGCCGCUACACCUGGGACACCAAGGCCAACAGCAACAAGAAGGUGCCCUACGUCAGCCGCUGCCGCUUCGACCGCGUCUACCUGCGUCCGGCCAGCAGGGAGGGCGUGCCGCGCCUGCUGCCCGACCACAUGGCCCUGCUGGGGCUGGAGAAGCUGGACUGCGGCCGCUACACGUCCGACCACUGGGGAGUCUACUGCAGCUUCUCCGCCGCUGUUUAGCCACAGAUUAAAUCCCCCCCCCCCCAAAAAAUAAGUCAUGGCUCAAGGUUCUUGGUUGAUUCCUUUUUUUGUUAAUCAUGAAAAAAAAUCUGGACUCCUUUGUUGACGAUUACUGCUUUCUCUGUGAAAGCUCAUGCUCUGGCCUUAUCUGAGGUUCACAUUUCCUGGCAUGGAUUGACUACGGUCUGACUUCGCUUUUUUAGCUCUUUCUUGGUCGAUUUGCAUUUUUUUUAAGAAUUAUUGUUGCUUGAUUGCUUUCACUACUGCACUCGUAAUAGGUUUAUUGAAAUGCAUUGAUAAUAAUAAUAAUAAUAACUAAAUAAAACGUUUUAUGUUAAACUCAAACAUCUUUUUUGUUUUCUUUAGCGACAACAUCGGUGUUAGGCAGUCUUUUUCCCAGAUAACACUGCAGUGUCAUCACCAACAUCCGGUUCGUGACAAUCAUAAAACUAUAAAUACAGAGGCUUUCAUCAGUGGGCCAUAGGCUCAAUCCCUAUUGUGUUACCUCAUUUGAAUCGAUACAUUGAAUGUCAUUGAAACCACUUUGGCUAAAAACAAUUUAUUUGUGUUACAAUUUGGUUUUUGUGUUGGAAAUGGGGCUGAAAUGCAAGUUUUUGUUACACUGGAUGACGAAGUUUGAGGCACAAAUGAGUAGGCUAUGUAUAUGAACGUGUGACUAUAAAUUACACGAAGAAAAAUAGUAUUACAAUUUGAAGUGUAGUGCUGUGAAUUGACCACUAGAGGGAGGCUUAUUUUCAUUGUGCUUUGGCUCAUUUGUGCCGAGUCUGCAGAACUAUUAUCUCCAGUUUGGUAGUCGGGAGAAUCUGACAAUACAAGGUGAUUCAUUUUACGAGUCAAUUCAUGAACCACCAAACACUCAUUCAGGCUUCAAUCUGUUUACAGUCCUGUUCAUUUUACCCUAUUUGACCUGACUAAGAUCUCUCAGCCUUAAAUAAGAUUAUUGGUAAGUCAAAUUAAGUGUAUUGACAAAGUGUAUUAAUUGAUAAAACCAUUUUAGCGUUGACAUUUUCCAAUAUUUCUUUCAAUUUGUAUUGAAUUAUUGUUGAUAAAUAUGAUUUUAUUGUCUACCAGAAAUACAUUAAAAGAUACAAUGUUAAAAU